UGUGCAAGUUAAGUAGGGGACAGACAUGAGGUUCAUGUGUGGUGGAAAGUCCAUGUGUAAUUUUUUAACAAAAUAAAGGACCUAAACAAAGCACAGUUUCGCCAGCCAGACUGAUUCUUCCUGUAAUUCAGGCGCGAACGAUUCAACGGCAUUGUUUUCCGGCGAAAAGGCUUGAUCUGCAUUUGCAUCAUCUCUCUCUAAUUCAUUUUCUUCUUUCGCUCUUUCUGUACUACUCAUUCCCCGUAUCUGCCAAUUCUCCAUUCCUGUAUAGCUCCCUCUCUGUGGAGACGGGGAUAGGGUAUCUUUUGAGAAGGCCAAUACAGUUAGUUGGCUGUCCCUUGCAGCUUUUCGCUAUGCCAUCGGAAACGUUGUAGACGGAUACCUAGCGUUUGUGUACUUAUAUUUUGAUUCGAAUUCAGGUCUUCUGAAGACGAAGGAAGAUCUGAGGCCUUCGGAAUGAGCGCGUCCAGGUUCAUCAAGUGCGUGACAGUGGGCGAUGGUGCCGUUGGCAAGACAUGCCUCUUGAUUUCCUACACCAGCAACACUUUUCCCACGGAUUACGUUCCUACCGUGUUUGACAAUUUCAGUGCCAAUGUAGUGGUCAAUGGGGCUACAGUUAACCUUGGGUUGUGGGAUACUGCAGGACAGGAGGAUUAUAACAGGUUAAGACCACUGAGUUAUCGCGGUGCUGAUGUUUUCAUUUUGGCAUUUUCUCUCAUUAGUAAAGCCAGCUAUGAAAAUGUUUCCAAAAAGUGGAUCCCUGAGUUGAAACAUUAUGCGCCUGGUGUUCCAAUAGUUCUUGUUGGAACUAAACUUGACCUUCGCGAUGAUAAGCAGUUCUUCGUAGACCAUCCUGGUGCUGUCCCGAUAACGACUGCUCAGGGGGAGGAGCUCAGGAAAUUGAUUGAUGCCCCGGCCUACAUUGAAUGUAGUUCAAAGUCACAGCAGAAUGUGAAAGGAGUUUUCGAUGCUGCCAUUAAAGUUGUACUACAACCACCCAAGCAGAAGAAAAAGAAGGGAAAAUCUCAGAAGGGCUGCUCCAUUUUGUGAUUCUCAUAAAUAGGUCCAUGGAUACCCGCCAUCCUCUUUAUUUCCUUUUAUUUUUUAUUUGUUUAAGAAUUAAGAGGUUGGUAGAUGGAGAUUUUCAGGUGUCAGAUGAAGCUCCUUCAUCUUAAAUAUCCCAAGUGUUAGAUGUCUAUAAGGUGUAUCCUCAUUUUGCAGUGAUCUUGGCUUUUUUGGGCCUUUCGGUUAUCUUUAUUCUUAUCAUUUAAUUAAUGUCAAACUUUUAGGGCAGCAGUGUUUCUUUUAAUUUGGUUCUUUCCCUCUUCAAUAUAGAACAACUAUUGAUUGCUAA